AUCAGAAAAACUAAAAAAAAACUCAUUUAAUUAAUGUAAAAUAACUGUUUAAAAUCAGUAUAACUGUUAAAAAUGUAAUUCAUUUAGAAGACUAAAUGAUUUACAUUGAUAUAUGAACAUACGCACUGACGCACUGUUCAGUUUGUCGUUAACAAGAAACCAAGGGAAGCAUCUUGUUUCAAUGUGCCUAAUGAGUUUUGCAGGAAAAGUACAAUAGCAGUAGGUGUCGGCUGAAAAGUGCGAUGAUUUUAAAUUUCGAAUCGUUGCUAGGCGCACGCAAUAAAAAUUGUAAAUUUACAAUUUCAUUGACUUGACGAGAAGUCAAUAUAGGAAAUUGUUUUAAAAACCAUGAGUGUAAACAGCGUCAACAAGAUACUAUUUUUCAUAACUCUUGUUUUAAAAAUAAUCGGCUUAAAAGCGGCCGGUGAGUUCAGUGUUUUAUAUAGUCCAGAUUCUUUACGUUUUAUGGCAACUGAUAAAACUUCGGAAAGCAAUUUGAAAGAGAUAUUUUCUGCAGCACUCGGGCUUUCUGUGGAACAUGAUUCGGAAUGGAAAGGUUUAAUUGUAGUGGAUCCUUUUAACACUCCUGAAGCAGCCGUGGAAGUAUAUAUUGAUGGAAUAAGGAGCAUUGGUGAACAUAUUGCUUUGAAGACCUACAAACUUAGUGUAGACGAGUAUGAGCCAGAUACGUACAAAUCAGUAAAAGAAAGAAUAAAGCAGCAUUUUACAGAAGGAGGCAAUAAAAUAGCAAAUGUUAAAUUAAGUAAUGGAAAUGAGUUCAGGAAAUUAUUUGGUAAUUUUAUAAGAAAUAAAAGACCCACCAAAGAAGUACUUCACCACUUAAAGCAUAACGUGGAAGAAGAUUAUCUCUUCAUAAACGAGCUUGACAUUUUACGAGCUGUUAUAAAAUGGAUCCAAGAUGGGGGUAUUGUUCCAGACAACCAAAUUGAUUUCUUCAAUUUCCGUAUUCGCAGUCUUCAUGGAGUAUCUGACUAUCAUGGUCCCAAUUCUCAUCAAACCAAAGAAGCUAAGAAAUUAUUAAGUGAAGCUAUUCAAGACCUCAGCAAGGCAUUUGUCAAAGCCUAUGUUGGUUCGGUAUUAGUUACAGCUGUCAGCACUGAUGUCCCUCACUCUCGUCGCUCAGCUCGAUCAGUCACUAUACCAAACCUUAAUGGUACGGAUAAAAAAUGGCCAUCAAAUUGGUUAAAUACAAAUCCCAAUAAGAAAAAGAAUCGUUACAAAUUUGUAAAACCACCUGGUAUUGCUGAUUAUGAAUGGAUGAGCCGGGCGAUCUCAUGGCCAAGAACUAGGGAAGGAAAGGGAAGUGACAAUGAUGCAGAACCUAAAGAGGGAAAUGAAAAUGGAGACGCGGCUGGAGACGCGGCUGGAGACGCGGCUGGAGACGCGGCUGGAGACGCUACUGGAGACGCUACUGAAGAUGGACAAGCGUCUGGAGAUGGGGUUGUAGAUGGGAGUGGAGGUGGGAACGGAACUGACGGUGAAAAAGGAAAUGGAACAAAGCCAUCGUUGAAUGCCACUACCGCUGAUGAAUUUGACGUCGACUAUCCAGCAGUGUUCAAUAUAUUUCUUUGGUUUGGAUUAGUAAUGACAUUCUCUAUGCUUGCUAUCAUGUAUUCUUUUAUGGAUAUGGACCCGGGCCGCGACUCCAUUGUCUAUAGGAUGACUAGUACAAGAAUGAAGAAAGAUAAUUAAUCACCUAGCUUGUGAAAUUACUUAUCUAAUUAAUAUUUUUAUGAUUGAAUAAUAAUAUGUAUUUAAUGUAUUAAGGUAGAGCCCAUGAAGCAAGUACAAAGAGGGAUGCCAUAAUGUGAUUGUGCACUGCAACACAAAAAACGGCCCUGCUCAAUGAUAUUAAUCAUAAGUAAAAAGGAGUGGAUAGGUUAUAGCGCUCAGAAAGUGGCAUAUUAAAAUGUGGACAAAUGGCAACGUUUUUAUAGAAUGGGGUCGCGAUACGGAAAAUACAGAGGGACGUGGUUUGUAACGUCUCGCGCUCUCAAUAAAAUAUCACACAUUAUGAUAAAAGGUGUUGGUUUGUAAUUGACAUCACCUCUUUGUAUUUAAAACCCUAUUAAUAUAUAGAAUAAAUGUUUUCUUGUACAUAA